GCCAUUUCUCUCCACAGACUCCGACCUAUCAAAGAGUACAGUAGGUAGAUCAGCAAGGACCCAGGAAAAGAAUAGCGAGCGAAGCCCUCAGUCGGAGCACAACUCAAGAUGGCACACUCGUUUCAGCUCACGCAAGGAUGCCUUCAGGCGGCCUACGGUGAAACUCAGGCAGCUCCAACAAGCUACCCGGAAGCGACCGUCCAGAUAUUGAAUAUCAAGCAGAUACAGACGCCGGCGGGCGGCAGCGGUGGGCCGGAUAGAUGGAGACUCAUAAUUUCGGACGGAGUUCACUUUAUGCAAGCUAUGCUUGCAACACAGCUCAACGGAUACGUAACCUCGCAAGAGCUCAAAAAAUAUGGAGUCAUCAAAUUGAAACGAUAUCUCUGCAAUACCGUUGCGCAAAAACGGAUCAUUAUCAUUCUGCAAAUGGAAGUCUUGACACCAUUUGCGGAGUACCCGAAGCAAGGGUCACCCGUAGGAUUGGGGCUCAGCGCCGACGGGCCUGCGGGUAACCCCCACGGACCGGCACAGGCACAGAACACGUAUCCGACACCCGUAGCUUCCAACAGCAACGCUCGCGGGCCUCAGCAGCAACAAUACGGUGGAUCAGGCAGCGGGUUUGGAAACCAGCAGCACGGGGCUGGCGCGGGAGGCUACGGAGGUGGCGGUGGGGAGGUUCCGAUUUUCCCGAUCAAGAGUUUAAACCCGUAUCAGAAUAAGUGGACUAUCAAAGCUCGCGUGAUCAAUAAGUCGGAUGUCAGGCAUUGGGAGAAUGCCCGUGGGUCGGGAAAGCUGUUCAGCUGCACCCUAGUUGACGAGUCCGGAGAGAUUAGAGCGACGGGUUUCAAGGAGGCGGUGGAUCUUUUCUAUGACCUUCUUAAGGAUGGCAAAGUCUUCUUCAUCUCCAAAGCCCCCAUCAAGCCGGCCAACAAACAAUUCAGCAAGGUGAACAAUGAAUACGAGAUGACGUUGGACCAACAAAGUGUCAUCACUGAGUGUCAAGACACGGGCGACGUGCCAAAAGUGCGAUACACUUUCGCGAGCUUGAGCUCUUUAUAUGAGAUCGAUUCCAAUGCCAUCACUGAUGUCAUCGGUGUGAUAAGGGACGUGGGCGACCUGUCUGAAAUCAUUUCCAAAACAACACAGAAGCCGUUCAAAAAGCGAGACACGACAAUCGUAGAUCAGUCCGGCUACGAAGUCAAAAUGACUUUGUGGGGUCGGCAAGCCGAACAGUUUGAAGCAAACGACAACCCCGUAGUCGCCGUGAAAGGAGUCAAAGUGGGGGACUUUGGCGGCCGCUCGCUCUCCCUCAUGGGUUCAUCGUCCUUGUCGGUUAACCCGGAUAUCCCGGAGGCACAUGCCCUGCGCGGGUGGUAUGAUGCCGAGGGGCGGAACGCGCAUUUUCAGACUUACUCGAGCGGUGGCGGGUCGUCUUCCGCAGCUGGGAGUAAGCGGGAUGCGCUGAAGUAUAUCUCCCAGAUCAAGGAUGAAGGGCUUGGGAUGGGUGAAAAGCCCGACUACUUCACACUGCGAGGAACAGUCAUGUUCGUUAAGAACGAGAACAUCUCAUACCCCGCCUGUCCAUCGGAGAACUGCAACAAGAAGGUCACCGACAUUGGAAGCGGGUGGCGGUGCGAGAAGUGCGACCAGACAUGGCCUGCGCCUUCUUACAGGUAUAUCAUGUCCUUCACCGUCAGUGAUCACACAGGCCAAAUAUGGCUGCAAGGCUUCAACGACAUCGGGGAGGCGAUGUUGGGCAGGACUGCGGAUGAGAUGGCGCACUUGAAGGACUCUGGCAACCAGGCAGAGUACGAUUUGGUGUUUGCCCAGGCGAGUUUCAAGUCGUUUGAUUUCAAGUGUCGGGCUAAGGCUGAGACGUAUCAGGACGAGGCCAAAGUCAAGACAUCGGUCAUGUCUUUUGCGCCGAUCGACUACGCUGGUGCUUGUCACGAGCUGGAUGAGAUGACCAAGCGGUUUCGGUGAAAACUCCGGUCGGGUUUGGGGGUUUUGGUUGUGUGAGUCCCUAGAGCGUCGGCGUUAGAUCUGGUUCUAUCGUUUUGUGAAUUUUGCAUUGUGCCGUGUGCUAUCUAGCCUCGGCUGCGAUCGGGAGGGAGAGGUGGGUGAGCAUCCCUUGAGUAGAUUUAGCUGCAUAUUUGUAGCUUAGUCCAGCACGACUGCAUCU